CUUGAUAAGAUGAUUAGACAUGCUUACUCCCAAAAAACUAUAUAAACUCCAAGGUUCCAGGAUUUAACAACCAGUGUUUUUUUCUGCCAUCUCUUCUUCUCCGGCGCCGUUCUGACUAUGUACAACUUGGGCUUCUCUUCUCCUGCUUGUUCAUGUUCAAUGGUUGUAGGUGAAGUUGAUCUUGCCUAGGAGCCAUACAAGCAAUCUUUCAAUUACUGUUUUCUGAAACUAUGCUUUGAAACCAACUGGGACAUAAAUUCUGAAAUGAGCAGCAUUUAUAUUUGCCAUUUGUUGCUGUUCUUCUCAAUACUCUGCGCCGUAUUUGUUUCUUCUUACGGAGAUGAAGCAACUGAUUCCUACUGGCUCCUACGAAUAAAAUCGGAAUUUGUUGAUCCAGUAGGAGCUCUUACCAACUGGUCUCCAAGAGCUAAUAUUUGUUCCUGGAAUGGACUGACAUGUUCAGAUGAUCAAAUCCAUGUUAUCGCUCUGAAUCUGUCUCGCUCAGGACUAUCAGGUGCAAUCUCUCCCGAGUUUUCUCACCUCACUUCACUUCAAACGCUUGAUUUGUCUUCAAAUUUUCUCACUGGAUUGAUACCUCCUGAGCUCGGACAGCUUCAAAAUCUGAGGGAACUCCUCCUCUAUUCAAAUUCUCUGUCAGGUAAUAUUCCUGCAGAGAUUGGUCUUUUGACGAAUUUGCAAGUUCUUAGAAUAGGAGAUAACAUGUUAACAGGCCAAGUUACACCAUAUAUUGGUAACUUGACUGAGUUGAGUGUCUUGGGUCUUGCUUAUUGCCAACUAAACGGAAGUAUUCCAGAUGAAAUCGGUAAUUUGAGGCAUCUGAAAUCACUUGACUUGCAGAAGAACAGUCUCACUGGCCUCAUACCACAAGAAAUUAGAGGAUGCAUAGAGCUUCAGAACUUUGCAGCAUCAAACAACAUGCUGGAAGGUGAAAUUCCUGCUUCGAUGGGAAAGCUAGAAUCGCUUCACAUCCUGAACUUAGCCAACAACAGCCUCUCUGGAUCAAUUCCUAUCGAGUUGGCUUCUCUCUCCAAUUUGAAGUACUUGAACUUGCUUGGAAAUAGAUUGAAUGGGGAAAUCCCUUCAGAGCUUAACCAAUUGCUUCAACUUCAGAAUCUUGACUUGUCCAAAAAUAACCUCUCAGGAACCAUAAACAUCCUCAAUACUCAUCUAAAUAGUCUUGAGUCUCUAGUUCUAUCUGAUAAUUUUUUAACAGGAAGCAUUCCUUGGAAUAUCUGCAUCCCCAAUUCAAAUUUUCACCAACUUUUUCUGGCUCGAAACAAUCUCUCCGGCAACUUCCCAUUGGUGUUACUAAUUUGUUCUUCACUCGAAGAAUUAGAUCUCUCUGGUAACAACUUUGUUGGAGAACUACCAUCAGGCCUAGAUAAUUUACAGAACCUAACAGAUCUCCUGCUCAACAAUAACAGCUUUUCCGGAACUCUACCCCCUGAAAUAGGAAAUAUGAGUAACUUGGUAAGUUUUUAUCUGUUUGAUAACAUGAUCACAGGUAGUAUUCCGGUGGAAAUUGGGAAGCUAAAGAGCCUAGGCAUUCUGUAUCUUUACGACAACCAGAUGUCAGGAAGUAUACCGAUAGAGUUAACAAACUGCUCGGGCUUAACAGAAAUUGAUUUCUUCGGAAAUCAUUUCUGUGGAUCGAUUCCUGCAACAAUUGGGAAGCUCCAGAAUCUUGUUUUUCUUCAACUGAGGCAGAAUGAUUUGUCAGGUCCAAUCCCCCCAAGCUUAGGCCACUGCACAAAGCUUCAAAGAUUGGUCUUGGCAGAUAACAAACUCUCAGGGUCAUUGCCACCAACGUUGGCACUCCUUUCAGAGCUGUUUCUUGUUACUCUCUACAACAACUCAUUUGAGGGUUCUUUUCCCGAAUCUCUCUCCCUUCUGAAAAACCUUCGAAUCGUUAAUCUUUCUCACAACAGGUUUAAUGGAAGUAUCUUUCCACUCUCUGGUUCAAAUUCUCUCUCCAUAUUAGACUUGACGAAUAACAGUUUCUCAGGUCCCAUUCCUUCUGGACUAGCCAUGUCAAAAAACCUGACCCGUCUCCGCCUUGCUCACAAUCUUCUCAAUGGUCCAAUACCUCCUCAAUUUGGCCAACUAAUGGAACUCAACUUUCUUGAUUUAUCAUUUAACAAUUUCACAGGAGAGCUUGCACCAGAGCUCUCAAACUGCCAAAAACUUGGGCACCUCCUUCUCAACAAUAACCAAAUUGCAGGCACCGUUCCUCCAUGGGUAGGAAGUCUACAAGAACUUGGGGAGCUCGAUCUUUCAUACAAUAUUUUCAAUGGAACAGUGCCACCAGAACUUGGGAACUGUUCAAGAUUGCUCAAGCUCUCUCUCCAUAGCAACAACCUGUCAGGUGAAAUCCCACCAGAGCUCGGAAAUUUGACAUCUUUGAAUGUUCUAAACCUUCAAAGAAAUAGCAUCUCCGGGUCCAUUCCUCCAACAAUUGAGCAGAGUAAGAAGCUCUAUGAACUGAGGCUUUCUGAGAACUUACUAACUGGUUCAAUACCCCUGGGCAUAGGCUCACUUACUGAGCUGCAAGUGAUUUUGGACCUGAGUAAAAAUUUCCUUUCUGGUGAAAUUCCUUCUUCUCUUGGAAAUCUUGUGAAGUUAGAGAGACUAAAUCUCUCUUUCAAUCACCUCCACGGAGAAAUCCCACCUUCACUUGGAAAACUCUCCAGCCUCAACAGCCUUAACCUGUCUGAUAAUCAUCUCCAAGGCCAAGUUCCUUCUACUUUUUCAGGAUUCCCACUAAGCUCAUUCAUUGGAAAUGAAAAGCUAUGCGGCCCACCUCUGAUACCAUGUUCGGAAUCAAAGGGGCAGGAGAGAGAGUAUAUGUCAAACUCUGAAGUUGCAUGGAUUAUAGUGGCCAUAGUCUUUACAUCUACAAUGAUAUGCUGCUUGUUGCUUUAUAUCAUGAUAAGAAUGUGGUGUAACUGGAGGAAGGUUUGGAUUUCAAGCUCAGAGACAGGUGAAUUAGAGGAUAAAAGAGAAGAGGAGAGAUGGGAUUAUGGGGAUGAGAUAAGGAGUGAUGAGUACUGGAAUGUGAACACCAUGGCACUGGUACCUUCAGACGACAAGCAGAUUUCUUCGAGGACUUGCAUUUUUCAGAUCAAAAUGAGUAAGGGAACCAUGGAUGAUUCAUCAGUGUGAGUAUUAAUGAAGUUUUUUGGCGUUUUGGGUUUGGUAUAUUUCUUUUGCUUAAUCCAUUUGUGUAAACAUAG